AUGUUAUAUUCUAUUAUUUCUAUUCUUAUUGCUGCAUUCACACAUGGAGACAAUUAUAAUAUUCCUCCGAUGGUUGAUGUAGAUGAUGUUUCCGAAAAUGAAGUUAAUAAUCCAGUUAAAUAUAAUAUUAGGCCAACUACUAAUUUUUUUAACUUUGACAAGCUUAAUUUAAAUCCAGAUAAUUGUAAUGAGGAUAAUGUUGAUAUUAUUAGUGUUGAAAUUUUAAGAUCUCUUUUUAAUAUUAAUUAUGAUAAACAAAUUUUACCAAAAAAACGUGGUGUAGAUGUAAUAAUAGAAUUAGCCUUACAAAAUUUUAAUGAUGUUGAUGAGAGUACUGGAAGUUUUACAGCUGAUAUAUUAUUGUCACAAAUUUGGCACGAUCCCAGACUCGAUUUUUCACAAUAUUCACAUUGCCUAGAAAAUUUAACAUUAAAUUAUCAAGUUGUUGAAAAGAUAUGGCAACCGUUUGUUUGUGUAGUAAACAGUAAAAGAAGUGUUCUUCAUAGUUCUCCAACACCAAAUACAUUUUUAUUAAUUUAUCCCAAUGGAACAGUAUGGUUAAAUUCAAGGUUACGGGUAGAAGCACCAUGUUACCUAGAUUUAGUAUUAUUUCCAAUUGAUCAUAAUGAAUGUGAACUUAUUAUUGAAUCAUAUGCUUAUAAUACAGAUAAAGUUAGACUUAAAUGGAGAAGUUGGGAUCCAGUAUUUUCUUAUGAAACAAAAACAAAAUUACCUGAUUUUGAACUUAUAAAAUUAAAAUGGUCAGAAAAUUCAUUUUAUUAUGCUGCUGGAAAAUGGGAUCAACUUAGUGUAUCAUUUAUAUUAAAAAGAAAAGUUGGAUUUUAUAUUCUUUAUGUUUAUAUUCCAAUAUAUAUUUGUGUUUUGGUAUCAUGGAUAGCAUUUUGGUUAGAUUAUCGUGCAUUACCAGCUCGAAUGACACUUGGUGUUAGUGCCUUAAUGGCAUUAACAUUUCAGUACGGUAAUGUUGCUAGAACUAUGCCAAAAGUCAGUUAUAUAAAAUCUAUUGAUGUCUGGAUACUUAUGGCAUGCCUUUUUGUUUUUAGUUCAUUAGUUGAGUUAGCUAUUGUAGGAUAUAUUGAUAGAGUUUCAAGAAGACCACAUUUAUAUAAUAAUGGAAAAAAAAGAAAAAAAUCGAAAAAAGGAGAUUUUGAAUCUAUUUGUAAUAUAAGAAUACCUAAAGCAAAAAGUUAUGGUUCUAUAAAUGGGAAUAUAGUUUUGGGAAAUGAGAUUAGAGAUGAUAAUUCAGAAGAUGGAAAUCAACAAGGACAUACACAACAAUAUACAAGUACAGAUGGUCAAAAUUCUUUUAUAUUUAAAAGUAAAAAUAAUUUUAAUCAUGAUUGUGAGGAUAAUAAUAAAUCUAUUUUAAAAAGUACUAUAUUUCGUAAUCCAGAUCAAUGGGAUAGGAUAGCUAGAAGAAUAUUUCCUGCUCUUUUUACUAUUUUUAAUAUUAUUUAUUGGACACAUUUUUUGUCGUUAGUUAACAAAACUGCUCUUCAAUAUUAUUAA